CGCCGCUCUACCCCGAGUAGGCGGAGUUAAAAGGUCAUGUGACAGCGGUCGUCAUAGUGGCCGACAUGUGGCUGCGCGCACCUUCACUGUUUUUGGGUCUGCUCGGGAGCAGAGGAGUUAUUAGAGGCAUGUGUGCACAGGCGAAUGACUGGCAGAGUGCCAAGUCAAUAUACGAGUUCUCUGCCAAUGAUAUUGAUGGCAAUGAGGUUUCCCUUGAACAAUACAGGGGAUACGUAUGUAUCAUUGUAAAUGUAGCGUCUAAAUGAGGAAAGACCAGGGUAAACUACACUCAGCUAGCGGGAAUGCACACCACCUACGCUGAGAAAGGUUUACGCAUCAUGGGUUUCCCAUGCAACCAGUUUGGAGGACAGGAGCCAGGAACUAAUGCAGCUAUCAAAGAGUUUGCCAAAGGUUUCAACGCUGAGUUUGACCUCUUCAGUAAGAUAGAUGUGAACGGGGACAACGCUCACCCUUUGUGGAAGUGGAUGAAGUCACAGCCUAAAGGCAAAGGGACCCUGGGAAACAACAUCAAAUGGAACUUCACAAAGUUUCUGAUUAACCGGGAAGGACAGGUGGUGAAAAGAUAUGGCCCAACAGAUGAUCCCAGCGCCGUUGAAAAGGAUCUGCCUACAUACCUGUAAUAAUGCUGUCUCACCUAAUGUGUUUGUUUGACUCCUGACUCUUCCCAUGGACUUCAGGGUAUUGGUGUGUGUGGGUCUGGACCAGUGACGGUCUGUCUGUAAACCCUACGCAGGGAAAGGCAGACCUGAUGAUCCUAAGCGUGCAACUUAUCUCCAGAACCAUCACCUCACCAAUCCCAUAAGACCAUGGGAAAAUGCAUUUAGAGUACAGACACUGCACAUUUUACCUAUUGUGAACUUAAAACAGCCAUUCCUGUAAUACAAAUAAAUAGUGCUUUCUUUAUGUUUAAGUUUGUUCAUGUGUCAACGUCAGUUUUCUGCAAAGAUUUCAGAUGCCAUACAUUUAACUGAUUUGUGAGAAGCUACUGAUUACUUUGUUUGAACUUAUUUCUGUAACUCACACCCUAUCAUGUUAUCCAAUAGGAAAAUAAAUGCUGUCUUAAACAUUG